AUGCAUUCAGAAUCAGUGAAAUCAAGUCAAUCUCCUCCUACUGAAGCUGAGAAACAUAAGAACCUGGAUAGAGAAAUUAGGGAGAUGGUUUCUGCCAUCACUGGUCGUGUCACUAAUUUUCAUAAACCAGGCUCCACCCACCAUUUGGACAAUGAGGAUGAACAUGGCGCUAGGAUCAUCACCCUCGCGGGAACCAACGAAGGAGCUACUCUGCGGAGUGAAAUGGAUGAAAAAAUCGGCAACUUCCAGGCCAUCAACAACUCAGUCAUGCUUGGUGGUAGCUACCAUGCCAAUGAUCCUGGUGUGCACAUGGAUAUUGAAGACUUCACUGAGAAUCCUCAAAAUCACCAUAAGACUGACAAGCAUGGCAAGAAGGAAAAGAAAGAAAAGGAAAAGAAGAAGGGGAAAGAAAGUUCUAAAAGUGAACAUCACUCUGAUUAG